AUGAAGUUUCUAAUUUUUUUCCUAUUUCCUUUAGUAUUUUCUGCUAAAUUUGAUUAUCUAUCAGAACUUCGUUCGUUAAAAAACUAUGGCGAAGGAAAUGAGGAUCCACUCGGAUGUGCAGACAAAGCGGAGAAAGCUAUUGGUGGAUUGUAUUGCCGAAACACUCCAUUGACUACUGAACAAAUCAAUAAUAGUAAAUCGUUCAUCAGGAAUUGUGUUUUAGAUAUUGGGAGGAGAAAUAAAAAAGUGAAUGAAGUUGAAUUUUCGCUUAUUGACAUCAUCUUUGAAUAUUUCAAGUUUUACAAUGUUGACUAUUUUUUGUGCCGAAAAAAAUUUGAAACUCGAACAUUUUGGGACAAUUUGGAGGAUAAAUCUUGUUGGAAUAGUAGCCAAAUACUUUCUUUCGAAGACAAUGCAAAAUGUCAAUGCGGAUUUGGAACAAAUGGAUGUAUGAUUGAUUUGUGGAAGAAAGAAUGUGGAGAAGAUUUGGUUGAAAAUAUUUUCAAAUUUGGAUCUUUUGAUGUUAUAGAUCAACAAAAUUGUUUUGAUGAAUAUUCGGAUAAAUAUAAUAUUAUUCCAAAAGAAUUAUCUGUCAAACAGGAUCCUUCAUCAGAAAUUGGUUAUCUUGAAGACUAUAUUGGACAAAACGAAACCCAUAAUCCACUUAAAUGUUUUGACAAAGCGCAUGGAAUUGCUGUGAAAGCACUGUUUGAAGAAAAUCCAAGAACUGCUGAAAAACUUGAACCCGCUAAAGUUUUUCUCAAAAAUUGUGUCAACGAAGUUUCGAAAAUCAACAAAAAAGUGGAUGAUGAUAAAGAUGCAUUCACGAAAAACAUUGUUGAAGCAUUGCAUUUUUUGGAAAUUGACUUUCAUUCGUGUGAAUAUAAACAGCAACAUCGAAAAUCUUGGGAGAAUUUGGAAGAUGAAUCUUGUUGGUAUAGUAAAUAUGGUAUAAGCAUUAACCCUGCGCUCACAAGCGACAAGUAUAGGUACAGAAAAAUCACAAACACAAACCCUGAAUCGCCUUGUCAAUCGGUUUGGGGUAAAGAUGGAUGUAUGAUUGAUUUGUGGAAGAAAGAAUGUGGAGAAGAUUUUGUAAAAGGAUAUGCCAAGUUUGCUCCGUUUUUAGAGAAAGAGGAACAGACAUGUGUCAAUUUAUACUCUCAAAAACUUAAUUUUUGA